AUGUCGUCCGUCUCGCUGAUAGCUCCACCAGUUCGAUACAGCUGCGUAACAAAAGGUAUAUAUCGUGGAUCCUAUCCAUUGGAAAGGAAUGUAGACUUUCUCAAAGGACUCCGGCUGAAGACUAUAGUGACCAUUGCUCCGGAUCCGCUAGCACCGCUGGACGGGUUAGAAAACGUCGAGUACAUUCACAUUGAGAGCGCAGCAGAACAGUCCAAGUCCAAAAAGAAACGGGGUCUGCCAAUAUCAAGCGAAACUGUAAAGCAGGCCCUGGAUAUUAUCCAGGACCCAGAACGCCAGCCGGUCUACGUGCAUUGCCUGAAUGGUGCCCAAGUCACCUGUUUGGUUAUAGGCUGCUAUCGCCGUACAAAGUGCUGGUCACUGAACUCGGUACUUGCGGAGUUUGGUAGAUACACCGAUUACGACCGCGUCGAAAGCCAGUUUAUCGAGACAUUAUUCACGUAG